AUGCCAGUUCAGUUUCAAUACUUGCGUGUCCGUCUAAAAACAGAGCAACAUCGACUUCUAAACUGGGCUGAUGUAGCCAACUUGACAGAGCAGAACGACUCGAUUUCUGCCAGCCUGCGCUUGAACGAGGCGCUUGUUCAACAGGUCCUCCGUGAACAAGACAUCAUUCUCGCCAAUUUCUGGAAGACAAAUCACCCGUAUCGAUAUUUAGUCGAAGAUGAAAAGGUCGGUCUUAAUGCGAAUGCCGGUGCGGAAUCUGAGCUGCAGGAGCGGUUUCCGCCUGCCAAAAGCUCGCUCGAGAAGAGAGCGCUCAGAUGUGUGGAAAAAAUGCGAAGUUAUCCAGUGCGUAUCCGAUGGGCUGCGUUCGACCGUGAGCGUUUUGAGACUUCUCUAGCACAGCUCGGCGCACUCAAUGACGCCAUGACCAGCCUGCUCGACUCACAGCAGCAGAUGGCCCUCCACCAAGCGCAGAUGCGCACUUCCAUGCAGGUCCUGGAAUUGAACAACAAGGUUGACCACCUGCUUCAGAUCUUUCAGGCCAACAGCUUGCAGCUCACUAAGGGCUUUCAAUAUCCGAAUCUCGCGCCGCUGCCAACUUCUUACCCUGAACUUCAAGAGGAGAGAGACGUCCUCGCAACCCUGGCGCACUUCAAGGCGCUCAAUGUAGAACUUAAUUCGGAUUCUGGUGAUGAACACCAUGACGACAGCUCCAGCGAGGCAGGGCAGUUAGACGCGAGAUCCUGCACCAUCCUUCGCUCUUCUCCCGCAACCUUUACGUUUGAGAUAGAGCGUUCCGACGGCAUGUAUCACGGCAAUCCUGCAUGGAUUGAGUGGAAAUAUUACGAACCAGUACUGCAACUCGGGCAGCCUGAUCCUCGUACACUAGCACGAAUAUCCAAACUCUCAACCCUUCUCAGCAAUCCCCAAAAGCCGGCACAGUUUCGCACGGCCGCCUGCAUCGGUUACUUCAACGACGCAUCAAAUAAUCGCUUCGGACUGGUCUUCCGCCGGCCAAUGGGCCCAUCAUCCGCCAACUCGUCAUCAUCGCUCUUUGACCUCUUCCUUGAUGAGGAGAAACCAUCUUUGUCAGCCCGCAUCCACCUCGCACACACACUCGCCACCGCCCUGCAAUACCUCCACUCCACAAACUGGAUUCACAAGGCCCUUCGCAGUCAAAAUGUAGUCUUUUUCACAGACCCUGGCUGCCCGGAUCUCUCGAAUCCUUUUCUUUGCGGAUUUGGGCUGGCGCGGCCAACCUAUAAUACGGAAAUGACGGAGAGACCCGACACCAACCCGCUGUAUAACCUGUACAGGCAUCCACUAGCACACAGCGAUAUUGCGGUGGAGAGUAUCGGCGGAUUCAAGAAAGCGUUUGACAUUUAUAGCUUAGGCCUUGUGUUGCUAGAGACCGCACUGUGGAUGCCGCUCCACAGAGUGCUGGGAAUCAAGGACGAAGAGGUGCAGGGGCAUAUCCGGCCUGGAGUGACUAAGAAAGUUCGGGGAACAUUGCUCCAGGACCGAAGGUUUUUGGAUAUGGUGAUGGCUUCUGCGGGAAGUGUUUAUGGAGAAGUGGUGAGGGUAUGUUUGGAGGGCAUGGGGGAAGAUGACAGCCAGAGUGUUGAACGGUUCAACGAGGAGGUUGUGAUGAGGCUGGAGAAGCUUUUAGUCAUCUAG